UUGACGGUCGUAAACAGGUGAAAAUCCGAACACGGAUACGAACCCUGUCUUUGACCGCUUUGUUUACAAAAUUAUUUAGUCAUAUAUGGCAUGUUCUUCAAAUCAACCAAAUAAAAUGGAAGAGUCGGUGAGCUCACAAGGUGGCGAUUCGGAUAUGGAAUGUUCCGAUAAUGAGGGUUAUGACGAUUAUUAUUUUGGUUUAAAUGAUGACAGUGACAUUGAGCAGGUCGAUCCUUGUAAGCAAGAUCCUGAAUUUUUCGACUAUAGGUGCUUGUAUGAAGAACAAGUGGAGAGGUUACUAAAUGAGACUGUUGAACGGUUGAGUAACAAUUUGAAAAUUACCCCAUCUCUAGCCAAAGUUUUGUUAAAUAGUCAUUCAUGGAAUAUAAGUGAAAUUGAAUCAAAAUAUAGGGAAAAUUCAACAAACUUAUUAGUGUCUUCUCGAAUAGAACCAGCCAUAACACCAUCUAGUAUACACACAUCUAGAUAUAUUCAUUGUCCAGUGUGUGUGACACCACAGCCAAUAGAUAAGUUUUAUAGUUUAUCAUGUUCACAUCUUUUUUGCAAAGAGUGUUGGACCAUGCAUUUUGAAGUACAAAUUAAUCAGGGAAUUUCGACCACAAUCAGUUGCAUGGCAAGGGAUUGUGUUGUUCUCGCACCCGAAGACUUCGUCCUGAAGCACUUGAGUCGUCCAAACAUGCGUGAGAAGUAUCAACAGUUCACCUUCCAGGAUUACGUGAAAUCCCAUCCGGAACUAAGAUUUUGUCCCGGCCCCAACUGCCCGAUAGUGAUCCACAGCAAGGAGAUGAAAGCGAAACGUGCCACUUGCAGCCAGUGCAAGACCGUGUUCUGCUUCAGGUGCGGCAUGAACUACCACGCCCCCACCGAUUGUUCGAUAAUCAAGAAAUGGCUGACGAAAUGCGCAGACGACAGCGAAACCGCUAAUUAUAUCAGUGCCCAUACAAAAGACUGUCCAAAGUGCCACAUAUGCAUCGAAAAGAACGGAGGCUGCAACCAUAUGCAGUGCUAUAACUGCAAGCACGACUUCUGUUGGAUGUGUCUGGGGGAUUGGAAAUCUCACGGGUCCGAGUACUACGAAUGUUCUAGGUACAGGGAGAAUCCUAACAUAGCCCACGAAUCGGUACACGCCCAGGCGAGGGAAGCACUGAAAAAGUACCUCCACUACUACGAACGUUGGGAGAACCACUCGAAGUCACUUAAGCUGGAGGAGCAAACGUUGGAGAAGCUGCGCGAUAGGAUUAAUCAGAAAGUAAUGUCCGGCCUGGGUACUUGGAUCGAUUGGCAAUACUUAUUCACUGCGGCCGGUUUACUUGCAAAGUGCCGUUACACCUUACAAUAUACAUAUCCAUACGCUUAUUAUAUGGAUGCCGGACCCCGCAAGGAACUGUUCGAGUACCAACAGGCUCAGCUAGAGGCCGAAAUCGAAAAUCUCUCGUGGAAGAUCGAGAGGGCGGAGACAACCGACAGGGGCGACUUAGAAAACCAAAUGGAUAUUGCGGAGAAACGACGAACUACUCUCUUGAAAGACUUUCUGAAGAUUUGUAAGGAGGGAGGGAGGAAGCCAGGAAGAUAAGUAAAUUUUUAUUUCCUUUAAAUUUAAUAAUAUCUGUAUAAAUUCAUUGUUUUAAAGUGCCAUGUAUUAAUUUUAUUUUUGGUGCAUCUUAAAUUAUUUGACGUGUGUUAAUGGGAAAUAUUCAAUUCUUGUUUAUUAUUUGAUGGUAUGACGUGUUAUUUUUUAUUUUACAUUUCAUUCAUGUGAUUCUGUGUCAUUGUAUACCUCUGAUAUCAAUUUUUUUUCAGUUACAUAUCAUGUUGAUUCGUUUUAUUCAAGAAAUUACUUUCAUUAUUAAUUUUACAAGAAAAGAUGGUGUCUCCUUAGGAAAUAAUAUUAAAAUAUUUCAUAUAGGAGUUGAUUUAGAAGAUAGACAACUAUUAAUUCACACAAAGAAUAAAAAGAAAGAUAUGGUGUAAAACAAAUAUAUUUAAAUUUAAUAAUAAUUAUAAAUAUAUUUUUUAUUACCAUAUAUUAAGUAUAGUUUCGUUUUAUCUUUAUGUGACGUGUUAAUGGGAAAAAUUGAAUUGUUUAAUAUUUGAGAGUAUAACUUUCAGUUAACCAUCUUUAUUUUUUAUUUUACUUUUUAUUUACUUCUUUAUGUGACGCUAGAUAUCAAAUUUAUUCAGUAAUCUACCAAGUUGAUUUCAUUUUUUAUUAAUUUUAUAUUAAAUUUAUAUUAACCAGAAGCUGAGUCUCCUGAGAAAAUAAUUUUAUAAUCAAUUCAGUUACCCUACAGUAUUUUUGGACUUAAUUUGAUUAUCAGCAGGGCCUACGUCAAAGGUUAAAAAGGAAAUAUGUAGAUUAAAUCACACAAAUUUUAAAUAAUAAAUAAUAUUUAAUAGUUAUGGCCCAACUUUCUGGUUGGACAUAUACAAUAAAUUUUAUUCUAAUCUGUUUUAAUCUGUAUUUUAUCACUUUUUUAACCUUUGACAUAUCCCUUGGUGAUGACCUAAGAUCAAAAUAUAUAAUGUUAAAAAAUAAUAGAUAUAGGGAAGUGCCUUUUUUAACUAAAAAUCAACAGAUACCACAGCUAAUAUGGAUAAUAUAAUUUAAAAUGAGAUUUACUUUAAAAAUUAAAGAUUAUAUAUAUAUUAUCAUAUACAGGGUGAAUGUAAAAAUAAAUUUAAAUGAUUUUGAGAUAUUUUGGUCACAAAAAUUCAUGUAAAUUUCAUCCUGUUUGGCCGGAGUAGUUUACUCUUGGAAAUCUUUCACAUUUCUUUUACACAUAGGAAGCAAUGGAAAGGAUUCUUAUUUACAAAUCUAUGAUCAAUUACUAAACAAAAAUAAAAGAAACUUUAGUUUGUACGUGGAUUAACACUCACAGUUCUGUUCUACAGCGUUACUUUCACACAUACCUUUGUGAUGUGCGACAUUUGAACAAACGCAAAAUGAUUACAAUGUGGAAAUCUAUACUUUUACGAAUUUAACGAAGCACUAAAUACCAGCAUCAAUUCGACCGGACCAAUGAAUCUCGCCCUUCUAAAAUAAAAGGUGAGAUGGAUGAAUAAGGUUACGAAUUUACUUGUGCAGCACGUCGCUUUAUGAACAGCAAAAACGUUUUGAAAUGUCGUCUCCUAAUGCUUACAAUUAAAUUGUACGUUUUUUCAAACUUUUUUACAUGUUACAAGAGUCUAAAUGUUCCGUAAUACGAUAAUAUCAGGACGUAUUUUUGUCCUAAUUUAGCGCAGUUGUGGUGCGUGUAAUCCAGCAAUUUUAUAUACACCAGUCGAUGUUUUUUUGAUGUAUUUUGAGGACCUAAACACGAUUUUAACAUGGGGAACUUACAGUAAGUUUCUUAUGUUAUACGCAGUUAAUUUAAGGGGUCAGAUAUGUAAAAUGCUAGGCGAUUGGUUUUCACAUUAUUUGAUACUAGUCAGGAAUACAAACAGUUCAAACAAACAUUCUAAACUCUCUAAAUGUAAUAAUUAAUGUUAAAUCAUUGCCAUAUGUAAAUGUACCGAGUGGAUUUAUAAAUAUUCCCGAAUAUUUAUACUUUUUAUAUGUAAAUAUAUUAACGAAUGGUGAGGCAAGACGGAACUUUUAACAUUUUUUAAUGAAUAAUGCAAAUAAAUGACGUUUAUGUUUAAUUAUUUUGACGACACCAUUGUAACACCAAAAAUAACUACGUCAAAAUGAUUAGAAAUAAAUAUUUUAAAUCUGCCGAGAGAGAUAAUAAAAUGGUAUAGUCCACUCAGUAUAAUAAAUGCCUCACUAAACUUAGGUGAAACUUGUAAAUAUAGUUUAUGACUAUUUCAACAAAAAAAGCAUUUGGUAAUUUUUGCACCGACGUUCCAAGAUUAUGAAGCAGAUUUUGUGAAAUAUACUUAGGAUUUCAAACUUUUUUACUAAUUGUAUUGUGCUUGAGCAAAUUUUGGUGUUUUAAGAUGUGGAUAAAUUUUAUUUAGAUUAAUAAUUGCACAACAAUAUUUUUAUAUUUGUUGGUGUGUUAAUAUUUUUUGAACGAAAAUCAAAUCGGAACUUUUCAGUGAAUGAAUAACUCUACGUAAGUUUUGAACUUUUUGCAUUAGGGCAUUCCAAUCUCGCACUCAAACUAAUUUUGGUGCACUAUGAUUUCUAAAAACUUAAAUAGAUGUCUACGAAUGAAAAUAGAUAAGCCAUUCGCUUCUAUGAAACCGGUGACAUGUUUAACCCAGUUUUUAUUGUAUUUGUACCUAUAAUUCGGAGUAAUAAAUGACUUUGUUUGUAUAUAUUGGCAAUAUUUUCCAGAUUUAGGCACACCUAUUAAUUAAAAAUUAUUUAUUUAUUUGACUUAUUUUAAAAACAGUUGUAUAUAUUUAAAAAUAAAAGUUGUAUUCUACACAAA